AUGUGCAGUUUAUAUUGUAGAAAUAUGUGCAACCAAUAUAAACCAUGCUGCCGAUUAUGGUCGCGUGAUUUCGGAUUUUUGAUUGCAGUUUCCUUUAUACAUCAUGGACCCGAAAAUACCAAAGGAAGAUCUUUUUCGAGUCUUUCUUUAUGAUUACCUCAAGAAGCGUGGAUUCUCCCAAACUGCCAAGACUUUACGAAAUGAAGCUCAAAUUACUGCACGAACUUCCUCUCAGUUUAAUCGUCCAUAUGAUCCAUAUGGAUUCUUGUACGAAUUUUGGGUUUCAUUCUAUGACUUAUAUCAAGCUUGGAUAAUACCAGGACUCUCCAGGAAGAGUGAUCAGGCCACAAAUGUUGGUGCUUUAAUUGACUCUAUCCCUCAAAUAAUUCGUGAACGAUAUUCUAUUCGAUGUCUUUCACGUUGUUCAAGCAAACAGACGCUUUUGUCCUGCGAUUUUUCAUCAGAUGGAAUGAUUGUAGCAAGUGGAGGGAUUGGGAUGAAGCCUUUCCUGUGCUACGCGGAGACCUGUGAUGCUGUUACUACAUCAGAGUCACAUUCAUCUACCAUCUUAGAUGUUAGAUUUCAACCAGAAUCAAAUUUAUUUGCAACAGCUUCUGCUGAUAAAACAGUAAAAUUAUGGAAUGCAAGAAGACCUGCAACCGUAUUGUACGAUUUUGUUGGACAUAAUUGGAUAGUAAAAUCAUUAGACUUCCACCCAACAGAAGGAAUUCUUUGCUCGUCUGAUACCCACGGUGUAAUUGAAGAAUGGAAUCUUGAUCGGCGUGUUAGGAUGAACACCUUUAAGGCAGGUGGAAGCCUAGUGAGAUUUCAGCCUGGAUCAGGGAGGAUUUUGGCAUCUGUUAAUCGAAAUGUUAUCACCUUACGCGAUUUCAAGACUUGGACUGUUGAGAAGCGUUUUCAGGGACAUGUCAAAGAUAUUCGUUCCAUAUGUUGGGAUGUCACUGGACAAACAAUUGCCUCUGUCAGCGAAGAUGAAGUACGUGUCUGGACGAUUAACAUGGAAGGAAAAUGCUUAUAUGAGUAUCCAUCAAAAGGGAAGAGGUUUCAGACUGUCAUAUUCCAUCCUCGAUUCCGAAACGUCUUAGUUGUUGGUGGUUUUCAGAAUUUGGAAUUGUUAAUUCUUGAUACCGGGGAAACACGCAGUAUAACGGCCUCUGAUUUAUCGAUUACUGGACUAGCAGCUUGUACGGAAAGUAAACUCAUUGCAUCAGCUGGCAAUGACUCUAUGGUGAAGAUAUGGAAAUGAAGUUUUAGUCAAUGUCUAUGUUCUUUGAUGUUAAUUCCUUCCCUUCCCUGCUUCAGUUUUUAGGAUUUGUUACAUAAUCAUAAUCUUUGUUGUAUAGAUACAACUUGUCUUGUAGCUAGUCAUAGAAGUGUUCAUGUAAUUGAGAUGUAAUCAGAUAUUCAGAUGGAAAAUGAAUUGUAUUAGUCUUAAAACUGAAUUGU